AUGUUUCAGACCCCCUUGCUGCAUGUUCCUACAAAACACACUGAUGAUGUGGACUUUGCUCCUGCUUUUCGUCAGUAUAUUGUAUCUGCAUAUGCCGAGGAUCCUGACACUCAUGCUGCCGCCAUUGCUGCCUUGAAUAGAGCCAGGCAAGACAUCAGAGGCUGUGGAAAGGAUAUUACUGGGAGAGAUAUUCUUUAUAGAUACUACGGUCAGUUGGAGCUCUUGGAUUUAAGGUUCCCUAUCGAUGGCAAAACUGUUACCAUUCUGUUUAACUGGUACGAUGCAUUUACUUCAAAACAAGUAUCACAGUACUCCAUUGCUUAUGAAAAAGCUUCGGUUAUUUUCAACAUUGCUGCUACUUGCUCCUCCAUUGGCGCUUUACAAAACAGAUUCGAUCUAGCUGGUCUUAAAGUCGCAUUCAAUUACUUUCAAGCUUCAGCUGGAUUGUUUCAGUACAUCAACGACAAUUUUCUUCAUCCUCCAUCCGUUGAUAUGUCUAGAAAUUCUGUAAAAUGUUUAGGGGAGUUGAUGUUGGCUCAAGCCCAAGAAUGCUUUUUGGAAAAGGUUUUGAUUGAGAAGAAACAAGGGUUGUUGGUUGCUAAAUUAGCUGCUCAAAUCGCUCUGGUGUACUCGACUGUAUUGGAUGGGUUUGGAAACCCCAGUCUCAAGGGUCAGUUUGACAAGUCAUGGUUUGAUCUGGUCAAGAUCAAAUCUAAUCAUUUCCAAGCUCUUGCUCAUUAUCACAAAUCCAUUCAACUCGAGACAGAAAAUCAAUAUGGUGAACUUACUGCUCAUGCAACUGCCGCAGAUACCAUUGCAACAAAUAAUAUCAAACUGGCUGAACAGUUUGUUUCUGCAUUUCCUUCAUUCACAGUCUCAAAAGAAAUUGCAUCCACUGCUGCAACCACUACAUCGGGCCAAAAAACAUCAGAUGCAACAGCAGUUUUAGACAUGGCAAAAUCACUUGCAAAAAUUGUUGGAGAACGAAAACAAACCGCCAUAAAGGAUAAUGAGCUGAUUUACCAUGCUACCGUGCCAGACAUGGCUGCUUUACCACCCAUUGAAAAACUGAAUGCAGUCAAACCUAUUCCAUUCGCCGACUUGUGCACCAAUGGAAGAGCAGAUAUCUCACUCAUUAUUGGACGUGAUAUCUUUCAGGCUUUGGUUCCCUUGUCUGUGCACGAAUCAUCUUCGCUGUAUUCGGAAGAAAAAGCCAAGUUGUUGCGUGGAGAACAGGAUCGUGUCAAGGAGGCUGAUGCAGACUUGCAAGUUACGUUUGAUUCACUCAAUAUGGUUCCUACAUUGAAUCGAUUAAAGAACUUUCUCAGAGCGGACCCACACACCUCAGAUACUCUUGACAUUAAUAUACCAAAAACAAUCAUUGAGGCUUGCAAUACGGUUCGAGCAGAAGAAACAGAUAGAACGAAAAUCGACUAUAUUCUGAGCCUCAUUAACGCAUCCAAAAUCAAAUCUGAUACCACACUAAGUGAGCUUGCUAUGCUUCUUGACAAGGAACAGUAUGAGUGUGAGACCAACCGUGUCAAGUAUAUGGAUCAAUGGACGAUGGAGCCUAGCUUUAAGCUUGUUGCCAAACACCGAAAAGAUUUGAGAGAAUAUUGCGAGUCAUCAGAAAAGGCAAAAGAGACGGACAAGGUGAUGAUGAAGCAGAUUGAAGGCAUUCAAGGUUUUUUGGCUUUGUUUACGUGUUCCAUAAAGGAGUUGGAAAAGAAUUUGGCUGAUGCAGUUGUAAGCGCAGGUGGCAGUUCUAUGGCUGCUGCCAGUACUGGUUCAAGCCAAAACAUAUCGCUUUUGGAUGAGUGUAUAGAUGGCACUCCUAGUUCCGACGGACUUGGUGCUCUUGGUGAACAAAUUGUAUUGGAAAAAAUUGACGGCAUUCUUCAGCGGCUUCGUGCACUAAAAAAAGCUCGAUCUGAUCUUGUUGAGGAUCUUAAACAAAAACUUCAUAAUGAUGAUGUUUCUUCGCUCUUGUUGCUUAACAAGGGACGCGAGCAACACAUCUUUCAAACAGAACUGUUCAAAUUCCGACCUCUUCAAAGCAAAAUCGACUCAAACCUUGAAUCUCAUGCGGGGCUUCUUAAGGACGUCACAAACGAGUUUCAUAAACUCCUAAAAUCUUCACAGGCGAUGAAAGUGCUUGAUCUCCGUGAAAACAAACGGAAUCAAUUGAUAUCCCAGUGGAGCAAGCAGUUUGGACUGUAUAAGGAGAUCAAGUCUGGAUUGGCAAAGGGCAUCGAGUUUUACAAAGAUUUGGAGACAAAAGUUGGAGAGCUACGAGAGCUAGUUGUCGGAUUCGUGAAUCGAAGGAGUUCAGAAGUCGCUGCACUUAUCAAACUGAUCGACUCGACGCAGGCAGAGAAAGGACAGGCUGUUUUGAAGGAGCAGCUGCGACAGUUGAGUGUUUCUGAAAAUUCGCAAGCUUCAAUUGGUCACGGAGUCCCUGGAUCUACUGGAUUGCAGCAAGGACAAUAUCUACAGUAUCAAGCCACACCUCCACCUCCAGCAGUAUCUUCUGCCGUGUCUACUACUGCAUACCAGACUCCUCUUAAUCUUCAACAGCAACCACCACCGUAUCAAACUCUUCUAACGCAGCAAUCUCCCACGGCGUCAUAUUCUGCACCACCACAACAGCAACAAAGAUCGCACAUUCCAUUUUCUUCUACUACGAACCAUACUGGAUCUGCACCUUCCAGUCAGUAUCCUCUCCAACAGCAGGGAUAUCAACACCCACCACCACAUUUUACUUCCGAAUCUAACACUGGUUACCCAUCACAACCUCAGUAUCCAAGUCAACAACCACAGUACCAGCAA